AUGUCCGUCGCCUGUGAUGAUGUCCUUACUCAACAAGUCCAACACCGUAGCCAUCACUUCGCUUAUCGCGCGCAACAGCCAUCUCGAGCCCCGUGCAUCCCUCAAAGUACCACAACUAUAUUGCGCGAACCAGUAUCUGAUAACAAGCGGACCAAACAGGUCAAUGGUAGCACUGCAGGCACCAACGCCAUCCCACGCGGCAUGCAGCGAACACCGCAUUUGAGCAUAUGA